GCUUCUACUAAUAGGAAAAGAGUGGAGAAUAUAGCAAAGAAGAAGCUUGACUCACUGAUAAAAGAAUCCAAAAUCCGUGACUGUGAAGAUCCAAACAAUUUCACAGUUACCACUCUACCAUCAUCAGGAAAGGCUGGUCUAAAAUCAGAGAGUAAGAAGAAUAAACUGGAGGAUGAUGUGGAAUCUGGGGAAGACUUCAGCACCAGUAAAAGGCACAGCAGGUCGUUGAUGGGCAGUUUUUCUAAACGCAAGAAAAAAGGAAGCAAAUUGAAAAAGGCAACAAGUCUGGAGGAGGGUGAAGAUGAUUCGGAUUCUCAAGGAAAUUUAGCCAGGAGCUCUGUACAUUACAGCAGGAUAAACCGACAGAAGAAAACAGUGAAGCUGUCCAGGGCACUCUCUGACCUGGUGAAAUACACAAAGUCUGUUGGCAUCCAGGAUGUUGAAACUGAAAUCUCUUCCAGCUGGCAGGUUUCAUCUUUCAGUGAAACAAAAGCCCACCAGAUCCUGCAGCAGAAGCCAGCGCAGUAUCUGCGCUUCAACCAGCACCAGCUCUCCCGCAUCUACCCGUCCUCCUACCGUGUGGACUCCAGCAACUACAACCCCCAGCCCUUCUGGAAUGCUGGCUGCCAACUGGUUGCACUAAACUACCAGUCAGAGGGGAGAAUGAUGCAACUGAACCGGGCCAAAUUUAGUGCCAAUGGGAAUUGUGGCUAUGUCCUCAAACCAAACUGCAUGUGUCAAGGUGUCUUUAAUCCAAACUCUGAAGACCCACUACCUGGUCAGUUGAAGAAACAGCUGGUUCUAAGGAUUAUCAGUGGUCAGCAACUCCCAAAACCACGUGAUUCCAUGUUGGGAGACAGAGGAGAGAUCAUAGAUCCUUUUGUUGAAGUAGAAGUUAUAGGCUUACCUGUUGACUGCUUCAAAGAACAAACUAGAGUAGUUGAUGAUAAUGGGUUUAACCCCCUGUGGGAGGAGACGCUGGUGUUCACCCUGCACAUGCCCGAGGUGGCGCUGGUGCGGUUCCUCGUGUGGGACCACGACCCCAUCGGCCGGGAUUUCAUCGGGCAGAGGACAAUAGCCUUCAGCAGUAUGAUGCCAGGUUACCGCCACGUGUACCUGGAGGGCAUAGAGGAGGCCUCCAUCUUCGUCCACGUGGCUAUCAACGACAUCUGCGGUAAGGCCAAACAAGCUCUGGGUCUAAAAGGCCUGUUUCUCAGAAAUCCAAAGCAGGCCUCUCUGGACAGUCAUGCUGCUGGUCAGCUCCAUCGCAAACAUUCCUUUAGCAGCCACAUCUUGAGACGGACAGCCAGUGCUCCCACCAAAAGCCAGAAGAAGAACAAGAAGGGCUUUCCUGAAAUUGCUUUUGAUACAAAAGACAACAGCUCUGAAGGGGCCGGUGAAGACUGUGAAGUGGAAGCUGCCUCACAGCCACGCUUUGAGCAAGAGCCAGAAAGUGCCCCUCUGUCACCAGCUCCCCGAGAUGGUGCCAGUGGGGAGGUACAUGGCAAGGGGUUGAAAGGUAAGGCCCAUGGUUCUCGUAAGGCCAAAAGCCAGACCUGUGCUGCAGGGGGUGCUGCUUUCAGUGAACCCUUGCAGAGGUCUCACAGGGUCCGGCUUCAGGAGCACCAGAGCGAGAAGCAAAGCGUCUUUGCACGCUGUGCCAUCAACAGCUCUGGCAGGAUUGGAGUGGCCACCAAUUGUAUGAAAUGCAUGAUCGGUUCCAAAGAAAGCCCAGAUCUAGAGUGCAAGUGGAGUGAGCAUCCUACCAGGCCUAUUGCUAAAGAUAUCCAUCACCAUGAUCAGUAUAGCAGUAUAACUGGCGAAGAGAGGGUAGAGCUAAGAACCUGGGGUGGUAAAGGUCAGCCCAGGCAGCAGUCAGAUUUCCAGUCUUGCAGCAGCCCUGGAACUGCCGAUGAUCUAACGAGGAGCACCCAGCCUUUUGUGACCCCAGGGAAGAAAAAUGUUGAAUCUAAGUGUCACGGAAUAAAGGCUCAUUCCCGGCAGCGGUGGCAGUGCCAAUCAGGUGGCAAGUAUGGAAGCACUGUCAACUUGGUUGCAGCCAGCAAUGGCUCUAUAUCCUCCAACUCCAGCAGCCUAGAGAGCCUUGGAAGCCCAGAGUUCCCCAAGCGCUGUUCUGAAACUUCUCGAAGGCAAGUGGGCACCCUCCAGAGGGAAAUGAACGCCUUGUUCGUUCAAAAAUUGGAGGAAAUUCGAAGUAAAUCCCCUAUAUUCUUUACUGAUGUCUGCCAUUUCUCAAUGCAGAGGUCAGUCACUUCUUUAUGCAGCCUAGAAACUAUCACUGAAGAGCCUGUUGUUGCCAAUGACCACCAUCAUGCCAGCCUUUUCUUCCCUCUACCCGUUGCUCCUUACAGUGAUUCUGAAGAAGGGUCUGUGUCUGAUCAUUCCACCGAAUCUCGAUCAGAAGGAAGCAGCACACCCAGCCAGCCUCAAGAACCUCUUCUCACUAGAGAUCAAAGAACAAAUCUGGCUGCAGAAGACCAAGUGCAGGUAGUCACAAGAGCCUCUGACACAGGUGUAGUAGUCCAAGAAGAUGAGAGGACGAGCGAGGCAGGGUGUCUCAAAGGAGAAAAUGGCCGGACACAGGCACUCAGUACAGCUGCAGACCAGUGUGGACUGGCAGUGCCUCCUCAGCAGGCCUGGCUGGUCGAGGCAGCAGGUAAGACUGAUGGCCAACCUGUUGAAAACUGCCAAAAGCAAAAUGAGCAGCCAGGGCAGGUGUUAACAGGCCUGAAAAGCACCGUGGAAUCCAACGGGCAAAAGCUUGGUGCAGCAGCUGUUCUACUGCAGCACAACAGUGUGGUUAACAGCAGGCAGACAGCUUUGUCCCCAGAUACUUUCCAGAAAGCCCAGGCUGCACAGGCUCUACCUGCUUCUGUUUCUCAGACGAGCUCUUACGUGUUAGUAAGGAGGUCAAAGAGUGAAGGACUGAAGAUGUCAGACUCCUCAGCCUUAAUGAAAAUUCCAAGUAGCCUGUCUCCAGCAGCAGAAGUAUACUUUGAUGCCACUGUUAAUGACCGGAUCUGGAGCAAGCUAGAUUGCAGCAGUCAUCGUGACAGCAUGUCUUCCUCUUCCAGCAUGUCCUCCAAUGACACUGUGAUAGAUCUCUCUCUGCCCAAUCUAGCUCGCAAAAGCCUCCCGGAUCUUGGCAUCCGUCACGACAGUUUUGAGCCCCUUGCCAUAAGAAGGGGUAUACGCCCACGAUCUGCCACAGCCUCCAGCAACGAGAUGCCAAUGGUGAGCAAGAGCAAAUCCAAUCCUAACCUGAGGUCGGGCCAGCUGCCAGCAGAUGAGCUGUGCCCCCGUCCCCUUGCCAGGAGCCCUCCGGAUGCCUUCUCGUCCAUUCCUAGAAGGCACACCUGGAGCAGGCUCUACAUGGAAAGCCUCAGACAGUCUUCGAACAAGUCCAAAGCACAUGAUAUGGUUGGAAAUAACCAGGCAAAAUCCAAGAGCCUUGGAGACCUUACCUCUGAUGACAUUGUGUGCACUUUCGAAAGCAAAUACCGCAGCAUCAGCAGGAGCUUCGUCACCCGCUCCAUGCGGGAGCAGCGCCGCUCCUCGGGCCUGAGGGCCUCUGCCAAGGCCCAGGACGAGCUGACGGAGCAGCUCAGGAAGCUGACAGCCUUCCAGCAGGAAAAUGACAUCACUUCCCCCAUCAGCCUGGACCCCACCGAGUCCGAGGAGGAGGGGGAGAGCCUGGGGCUCCUCCGCAGGUCUUCCUCCCGCAGCCAGAGCAGGGUGCGGUACAUCGCCAACAGGGCGAAGCAGGCGCAGGAGAGACAGCGGCGGCAGAGCCUGGGCCAGCUCGGGGGGAGCCCCAUCGAGGAGAGGGGGAACCCCGAGGGAGCCUGCAGCGUGGCAAAAGCACUUUGCACAGAUGGAGCUUCUCCUGCCGCGUUUCCCUGCCAGCCGAAGGGCCAGGCCGACGGUGGCACCGACACGGAGGUGUUCUUCAUGCUGAAGCUGUAG